AUGCGGCGGCCAUCCCUAGACCUCUCCGAGCCCUCGCGCAAUCUUGAAGAAUCCAUGGGUACCCCAAUGUCAGAAACAGCCGACGUCGACGUCGAUGCCGACGUAGACGUAGACGUCGACGUUGACGUCUCAUUGCUCCCUCUCGAAGACGACUUCCUCUACGCCCUGGACCUGCAAGUAGACGGCACACGCUCUCGUGUCUAUACACCCCCUCCCCACCUCGCAGCACGUUUCUACCGCCCGUCCCAGUCACGACGAAAAGACUCGGCCGCCUCCACUCGCCGAAACUCAUUAUCCUCCUUGCACUCUCUCUCCAACUCCCACGGCGCCGCAGCCGGUCCGCAAAGCAAACAUGUCGCCAAUCACCAGCGCAGAGAUGCUAUUCUCAAGGAUCGGCAAAAGCGUCUUGCUGACCGUGCCGCCCACGUCGAGAAAGUGCGCCUGCGCGCUGCCAGGGCCAAAGACCGAGUCAUAGUCAUCUCCGAAGAGAGGGCAGAGGCUGCUCGCCUGGCUCGCGAGCGCAACCUAAAAGAGAUUGCCGCCACAUGCGCCGAGGAAGUGAAGAGGGCCAAGGCCGUCGCCGAGGCCACCAGAGAGAAGCGUGAGCAGGAGACCCUCAAGAUGCGCCAACAGAUGCAAGAGCGUCAGGCCGAGGCUGAGAGGCGCCGCGAAGAACUCCGAAGACAGAAUGUCCGGGCUAGGGGCUCCAGUGUGAGCACGAGGAAGUCCGACGAAUCUUUGUCUGUCGUCAAAGAGGUCAAGGAAACAGAGUCGAGACCGCUGACCCGAGACGCUGCCGCAUGGAGGAUACAAAGCUGGUGGCGCGUCAUGGCCAAGAGGAAGGUGGUUCAAGAGUUUGCCCGGCUGGCCUUGACUGUUGAAGGCGUCAAGACGACCGGCUAUGACGAGGUCACCGAGAAGCUUGGGCAACUAAGGGUGGUUAUGAUCACGGCUCGUGUCCUUGCCAUGUGUGGCUUGCAAAACGGCGGACUGGACUCAGUCGAGCAAAUGAAGGCAGUCCGCUGCUUCUUGAGCGCAUACCUCAUUUUGGGUCAUCCUGCUCAGGUCCUUAGCAACACCUACGACAUUAUGCCUCCAGACCAGGGCUCACCGGCGCAUCCCAUUCCCCGAGACAAUCUGACCGAUCCUCAGUGUCAAGAGCUCGUGGCGAGGUCACGGGACUUGCUCAUCUCCUUCGAGAACAUCAUGUCACGGCUGACUAGCUUCAAUAACUACACCAUCCCGCCGGGUCUGGCCCAAAUCCUCCCUCAAGUCUAUUCCCAAUUCGAGUGUGCUUUCUUCAACUGGAAGGCCCGGGAUAAGAAUGCCUUGGUUGACGGGAUGUUGGGGCAAUUAGUUGAACUCGACGCUACUCUGGACCAUGUCAAGGAAACGAGCGAUCUGUCCGUGGUGCAGCAAUACCAAGAGAGCAUGAAGACAAAUCAGCUCAUGCUCAUCUCUCGAAUCAGUCGGCUGAUAGGCAGGGAGCGCGGGCUUCAAGUCAUCAAAGACGCCAGGUUAAGGGCGAAGAAGGCAAGAGCUGCCAACAAGAAGAAACAAAAGGCCGACCUAAAACCGCGAGUCGCUGAGCAGACCAUCAGCACCGAGUCGGCAAUGGCUGACCUGGGCACCGCCAAAAGCCACCCUUCCAGCCCAAGGAGCGAUGCCUCGGGCGUCUACCCCACCCCGCCGUCGACUCCUGCAAGCAGACCACAAGGCCCGAAACCCAUCAAGAAAGGUAUGCUUCUGCCAGACAAUCGGACCGUCGUCCACGAACUUGCCAUAAACAAAGAGUAUCGUGUGGUCGCGGACGAUUUCGUGGAGGCUGAAACAAAGGCGCUUCAACCAAUUCUCGGACAGAUGAGAGCCACGAUUCACGCGACAGAUGAGCAUUCACGUCACGUGCAGUUCAAGCUUCUCCUCAGGAUCGCCCAGCACAUUCGCGAGAAGUUACAACGGCUCCUCAAGCCUGGGAACUCCAUGCACAACUUUAUUGGCGAACUGUUGGACAUCGACGAAUUCAAGGAACGAUUCCGAAAUGGAUCCUUCUCGUACGAACGCUUCUUUUCGUCCAUGGGGUCGCUCAUGCCAAAACUGUGCGCCCCUGUUCGUGACGACCAGGUGAAAGACCUGGUUGAGAACAAGCUCAGCCAAGGCAGCUAUGUUGACCGUCUUGAAGCGUUGAUCCUUUUCAUCGAUGUCAUGCUGAGUGACUACGCCAACCACCUUUUGCAACUUGUCGGUCCCCAACUCUUGGAGCACGCACCCGAUUACGAGGCCAAAGCGUUUUCUACCGCAAUCGAGCAAGGCGAGCACGGCUUAUUCGCGGCCGAGACAGCUUGGAGGGCGGCGAGGAGCAAGGUCAUGGCCGAGACAGCUCGCCGUGAUCCCGAGAACAUCAACCACCCGAAGAACCGGCCUACGGCCGAGAAGAUUUACGCUCACAUGUUGGUUGACAUCUUCACACAGCCCAGCACCAUGCGCUACGGUCAAAUCCCAGAGAUGCUGCAGCUCGACUACAAGCGCAUACGCAAGUAUGGCCACCUCACACGCAACAUGGUCACCACAGGCGGGAUUCUCCUGCAGUGCAAGAACCUUCUCAAACGCGACGUCCGCGCGCCGUGGCGGAUGGAGGCAGCGCGCAUCAUGAACGUGCUUGACCAUGCCGAGUCCCAAGAGGCGGCUGUCGCCGGCAUCAUGGCAGCUCUUGAGGCCGGGAGGUCGAUGCCGUCGACGACCAAGAGCCAUCUGCGUGGCUUCGUCGAGAAACUUGUCGCUGCGCAUAUCGAGCUUGCAAAUACCCAGCAACCAGAUCCCAGUGAGACCUGGGACCCGAACGCCCAUGACCCCAGCCAGCCAGUCCUGCGGCUACUGCUCAAACGAUUGCGAGACCACAUCCUAGGGCGCAUCGCGGCGGGCAGCACGAGUGAGAAGGCCAAGGCCACGAGCAUCGCAGGUGAGAAGCUGGCGAGCUCUGGCAUGGUUGAAUUUGUGGAUCGUGUCAGAGACAUGGUCGAUGAGAUGUCCAAGGUUGGGGCUGUUGACCGAGAAUCACAUGCUUCAUGGUGGGAGACCGUAUCCGAGAAGGUUGAGGCACAGGCUGCAAAGGCCGCUAUGGCGGAAGCCAGGGCUUCCACCUCGUAG